AUGAGUUCUUCACGGUCGUUAAAUGAUGAUGAUUCUUCAUCUCCUUCUAAUUCUCUCGUCGAAAAACAACUCGACUUCACAGCCAAGAUAAGACUCAUACCAGAAGGAGGGUGGGGCUGGAUGAUAUGCGCUGCUGCGUUCGGAACACAGCUGAUUGUUAUGGGGAUUCAUAACUCGUUUGGGAUUCUUUAUACCACAUUGUUAGAAGAAUACAAGAAAACUAAAGCUGAAACAGGUACCCAAAGUAGACUGUUCACAGUCCCCUAUUCUUUCGUAAGAUCGUCAAGAUCGAGCGCUUUACGUUAUGGGCGGUCAUCUUAGUUUACAUUCAAAUGUUCGGAGUAUAGCCUGGAGAUGAGUGUCAAAUCCACUUAGAGGGCGAGGGAUGGUUUAGUGCAUAUAAAUGAAACAAGAUGGCCGCCCGUACUGGUAAGCGCUUAACCCUUACCUAUUUCUCUUCAAUUCUCUGUUCCUCAUCCCAUUCUAAUCCGUUCUAUUCUCUUUCAUCGCGUUUAUUCCCGUGCCACACCGUUCUAUUCAUCUCAUUCAUUUCCAUUCCCCCUUAUCGCAUCAUCUUUUUUAUUUGAACCAUAUUUAGUAGAGGAGACUGGUUAGGAAAGCCGGCAAACAUCAGAGUUGAAAGCUAUGGUGCUGUAGUUUAUAUUGGAAGCUUGUUUUUUGUUCACAAAUUAUGACUGAAUAAAUUAAUGCAAUGUUUCUAUUGGUCAAUAACUUCAAAAUGAUAGGAAUGCUACCGUAAAAUUCUGAAAAUAAGCCCCGCGGCUUAUAUUUUUCAAAGGCCCUUUUUGAGGGGCUUAUUUUUGGAGGGGCUUAUAUUCGGAGGGGCUUAUCUACGAAGGGAAAUUUUCGGAAGUAAAUUUACCGUUUUUGCUUUGUUACACAAAGGGGGGCUUAUAUUUGGAGGGGCGAUUUAACGGAGGGUUUUUUGCGUUACCGGUUUGGGGAUCUUAUAUUUGGAGGGGCUUAUGCAUGGAGGGGCUUAUUUUCGGAAUUUUACGGUAUUCAACGUUGUGCACGGUCAGGUCCAAAAAAGCUAACAAAAACCUAUAACAAAGGGUUUACCAACCAUUCCACUUUAAUUAACUAUGUUUGAACUGAUGAAAUGUAUAAAAAAGUCAUUUUUCUCAUUCCAUUUCAAAGGUUUAAUAGACUACAUAAUUUAAAAAAUGAUUAUGUACAAAGCCCAAAGGCUGCUGUUAUGUAUUUAAAUUUGAACGCAAUUCCCCAAUCUUAUUGCAAAUUCUUUUUCAGCCGCUUUGGGUAUAACCUGUUCACAGGCUCUUAUUUUUCAGUUAGAUUGUUAAGAUCAAAAAUAUAUUGUAGUGAGGUGACAGGAACGGAGCAAGACAAACGCAACGUUAGCUCAACAGUACUACACAAUUAAUCGAUCACCAAAAAAAAAAAAAAACGAUUGUCACUGUCACUGACAAGCCGGAGAUUUCACGAGAAAAACCGUUUCUCAUCUUAUACUCUACAUAUUUUUGUUUUUUGUUUUAAUUUUCUACCACAGCAUGGGUAGGCUCUGUCAGUGUCGGCGUCAUGUACCUUUUUGGACCUAUCACAAGCGGUCUGAGUGAGAGAUUCGGCUGCAAAGUCGUGGCAUUCCUUGGUGGUUUUCUAUGCAUCCUGGGAUUGCUCCUGACGUCAUAUGCUACAGAUCUUCCGAAGCUCUAUGUAACAUAUGGCAUCCUCUGGGGUAUAGGGUCCAGCUUUUGCUACUUUCCUACGCUAACUGCUCCGGGAGAGUAUUUCUGCCAUCGACUUUCCUUAGUAAAUGGAAUUGUCACUGCUGGUUAGUUGUUUAACUGAGUAAAAACCUGGUAAUCCAUUCGGUUCAAUUUUCAUGUGCGUAUCUUAUACGAAAAUAUGUUUCUUUCACAGUUUCUAAUCUAGUUGAGUUAGUUAUAAAUAAAACAGUGUAAACUGAAGAGUUUUAUAGAAAUUCAAAGCCAACCUGUGGCUGAGCUUCAAAGCUUGUGACUCUCUCCUUCCAAUACUGACAUACGACUCUCAGAGAACAGACUCAGAGAACAGCGAAGAACUAACCUUGAAUUUUCUAAAUACGUAGAAUGACUGAGCUACUCCUUUACAAUAUACAAGUAUAAAUCUAUAAUAGAAUACAUGGUCUUUAAGAACGAAAAUUUAGAAAAAAUUUAUUGAAAGAAGAGUUCAUACAUUACAUAGACUGUUUUUUAACCUAGAAGGCUCCUACCAAGGAGCCAUGUAUGUACGAGAGAACUAGCUCCAAUAAAUUCUAGGCUUUUAAACUUUUGUUUCUUUUCACAGGCAGUGGAAUAGGCACGCUAGCAUUCGGUCCAGUCCUCCAACACAUUCUCCAGCGCUAUGGUCUUGUUACGUCACUGCGCAUUCUCAGUGGAGUGUCUGUCCUGCUGCCUCUGACGUCACUUACUUACAAGACAUUUCGUUCACCACUGGAAGACCUUUUUGAAAUAAAGAAACAGCCACGACCUUUCCUUGACCUAAGCGUGUGGCAAAACAAAGCCUUUUGUGUUUACACAGGGGCGGUGGCCCUUUUCAUGCUGGGAUAUUUCAUUCCUUAUGUGCAUUUGGUAGGUAAACUUCCGCACAUUCCUAUGUCCUUUUCGUGUCCACAUCCUCACCUUUUCCAAGAAAUUUUGAUAAUUAAAUGCCGUAUAUGCGCUGCUGCGUUCGGAACACAGCUGAUUGUUAUGGGGAUUCAUAACUCGUUUGGGAUUCUUUAUACCACAUUGUUAGAAGAAUACAAGAAAACUAAAGCUGAAACAGGUACCCAAAGUAGACUGUUUACAGUCCCCUAUUCUUCCGUAAGAUCGUCAAGAUCGAGCUCUUUACGUUAUGGGCGGCCAUCUUAGUUUACUUCCAAAUGUUCGGAGUAUAGCCUGGAGAUGAGUUUCAAAUCCACUUAGGGGGCGAGGGAUUGUUUGGUGCAUGUAAAUGAAACAAGAUGGCCGCUCAUACUGGUAAGCACUUAACCCUUACCCAUUUCUCUUCAAUUCUCUUUUCCUCAUCCCAUUCUAAUCCGUUCUAUUCUCUUUCAUCGCGUUUAUUCCCGUGCCACACCGUACCGUUCUAUCCAUCUCAUUCAUUUCCAUUCCCUCUUAUCGCAUCGUCUUUGUUAUUUGAACCAUAGUUAGUAGAGGAGACUGGUUGGGAAACCCGGCAAACAUCAAAGUUAAAAACAAUGGUGCUGUAGGUUAUGUUGGAAGCUCUCUGACCGUGCACAAUCCUUUGUUUUCUGUUCACAAAUUAUGACUCUGUAAACUAAUGCAAUGUUUCUAUUGGUCAAUAACUUCAAAAUGAUAGGAAUGCUAUUGAACGUUGUGCACGGUCAGGUCCAAAAAGGCUAACAAAAACCAAUGACAAACGGUUUCCCAACCAUUCCACUUUAAUUCAAGGACUAUGUUUGAACUGAUGAAAUGUAUAAAAAUGUCAUUUUUUCUCAUUCCAUUUCAAAGGUUUAAUAGACCACAUAAUUUAAAAAAUGAUUAUGUAUAGCAGCCCAAAGGCUGCUAUUAUGUAUUUAAAUUUGAACACAAUUCCCCAAUCUUAUUGCAAAUACUUUUUCAGCCGCGUUGGGUAUAACCUGUUCACAGGCUCUUAUUUUUCCGUCAGAUUGUCAAGAUCAAAAAUAUAUUGUAGUGGGAUGACAGGAACUGAUCGAGACAAAUGCAACGUUACCUCAACAGUACUACACAAUUAACCGAUCACAAAAAAAAAAAAAACGAUUGUAAACUGUCACUGACAAGCCGAAGAUUUCACGAGAAAAACUAUUGCUCAUCUUAUACUUUGCAUAUUUUUGUUUUGUUUUUUUAUUUUCCACUACAGCAUGGGUAGGCUCUGUCAGUGUCGGCGUCAUGUAUCUUUUUGGACCUAUCACAACCGGUCUGAGUGAGAGAUUUGGCUGCAAAGUCGUGGCAUUCCUUGGGGGUUUUUUGUGCAUCCUGGGAUUGCUCCUGACGUCAUAUGCUACAGAUCUUCCGAAGCUCUAUGUAACGUAUGGCAUCCUGUGGGGUAUAGGGUCCAGCUUUUGCUAUUUUCCUACGCUAACUGCACCGGGAGAGUAUUUCUGCCAUCGACUUUCCUUAGUAAAUGGAAUUGUCACUGCUGGUUAGUUGUUUAACUGAGUAAAAACCUGGUAAUCCAUUGUUCAAUUUUCAUGUGUGUAUCUUAUACGAAAAUAUGUUUCUUUCACAGUUUCCAAUCUAGUUGAGUUAGUUGUAAAUAAAACAGUAGAAUUUGAAGAGUUUUAUAGAAAUUCAAAGCCAACCUGUAGCUAAGCUUCAAAUCGUAUGAAUCUCUCCUUCCAAUACCGACAUACGACUCUAAGAGAACAGCGAAGAACUAACCUUGAAUUUUCUAAAUACGUAGAAUGACUGAGCUAGUCCUCUGCAGUAUACAAGUAUAAAUCUAUAACAGAAUACAUGGUCUUUAAGAACGAAAAUUUAGAAAAAAAUUAUGCAAAGAAGAGUUCACAUAUUAUAUAGACUGUUUUUUAACCUAGAAGGCUCCUACCAAGGAGCCAUGUAUGUACGAGAGAACUAGCUCCAAUAAAUUCUAGGCUUUUAAACUUCUGUUUCUUUUUACAGGCAGUGGAAUAGGCACGCUAGCAUUCGGUCCAGUCCUCCAACACAUUCUCCAGCGCUAUGGUCUUGUUACGUCACUGCGCAUUCUCAGUGGAGUGUCCGUUCUGCUGCCUCUGACGUCACUUACCUACAAGACAUUUCGUUCGCCACUGGAAGACCUUUUUGAAAUAAAGAAACAGCCAGGACCUUUCUUUGACCUAAGCGUGUGGCAAAACAAAGCCUUUUGUGUUUACACAGGCGCGGUGGCCCUUUUCAUGCUGGGAUAUUUCAUUCCUUAUGUGCAUUUGGUAGGUAAACUUCCGCACAUUCCUAUGUCCUUUUCGUGUCCACAUCCUCACCUUUUCCAAGAAAUUUUGAUAAUUAAAUGCCGNGUGGCAAAACAAAGCCUUUUGUGUUUACACAGGGGCGGUGGCCCUUUUCAUGCUGGGAUAUUUCAUUCCUUAUGUGCAUUUGGUAGGUAAACUUCCGCACAUUCCUAUGUCCUUUUCGUGUCCACAUCCUCACCUUUUCCAAGAAAUUUUGAUAAUUAAAUGCCGCCGCGCGAGCGAGCCUAAGUCGAGCGAGCAAUGCACCAGACCUAAUUCGUACAGGGACAAAAAUUUUGAAUUUCUGCCCAUGAUGUAUCUGAAUUUUUAACCACAAUGCACUUUUUUACCACAAUGCCUUGUACACAAACCUUUGACGUCGCCAUAUCAUCGCUACACGCUACAGGCUAUUCAUAAAGUAUUCUGAUUGCGCACGCUAGCUGAACGCGAGAUAAAUGCAAACCUAAUUUGGCGAUACAAAUUUACACCAGGGCAGCACUCUUUUACCUAUUAGGUACACUUGUUAUAAUUAAAAAUACUUUAUUAUCCUCCCCCGCUUCUGGGGCUUUUCAGGGAAAAUGAAACAAACAAAUUCAAAUGAACAUAGUAAGGUUAAGAAUCCAACUGGUAGGGGGGCAUCCAGUUGGCUAUUUACAAGCGUGGCCGAGGAUUUCAACUCGGGACAACCGAGAACAAAUCCAGCAAGUGGCCAGAGCGGUACUCGAACUCGGGACCGCGGGAUUGCGAGUCCGACGCCCUGAUCACAUAGACACGCUGCGUCCUUCCUUUGCCAAAGCGAAAACUGAUGUUAUCAAACAAACAUAGAAUACAUCGCCCCUUGCCAUUAAAAAAGCGCAUUUCAUCCCCCUGAUUUGGCAAAUGCCGUAAAUGAUGGACAUUUUAGGUCAGCAUUUGCUUGAAGACAACUUUUGUUGUGGGGCACACCACUGCAACACAACACUGUAAGCCUAUAUUUACUUAAGCAGAUUGAUAGCCUGCAGUGCAAGCGUUUUCUUCGGGCAAGAAAUGUUUUGCGCGCGAAAGCGCCCUGUUGAAACUCCAAAAGAGAGUAGGAAAUGGGGCUUGUCAAAAGGGUUACCAUUUUUACUCUUCCAAAUCUUCUUCUCUUUCAAAUCUCCUUCCCUUGAGUGAGUUUUGAAGUGCCACUCUUGAUCACUGUUCAAAUGAUUUUUUUGCCAAACAGGUCAGUCACGUAGAAGGGCUUGGAAUUUCACCCUCUAAAGCGGCCUUGUUAAUUGGUUUCAUGUCCAUUGCCUCAACAAUCAGUCGGGUCAUCUUCGGUAAAUUUUCAGACCAUCCGAAAGUGAAUCGAUUGUUCAUGACGCAGCUGGCGAUCACGGGCUUUGGGGUAACAACAACACUUUGUCCAGUUGCGAAAGAUUAUGCUUCCUUGGUGACGAUAGUAGUAUUUCUGGGUCUGUUUGAUGGCUUGUACGUAGUGCUCAUUGCCGUUGUCAAUACAGAUAUCGUGGGAGUCCAUAAGCUAUCGGCGGCAUUGGGAAGUGUUUACGGAGUCAUAUCGAUAACUCUCACAGUUGGACCUCCUUUUGCCGGU